CAGACUCUUGAGACUCAGCAGUCAGUACUGGAGAGGACUGAGCUACCAGAGGAGCUGACUAGAGCUUCUGGAUCACAGAUCUGGAUUUUUUUUACUUUAACACCACUGACAGAGAGGACUGCUGCUAUUGGAGAUGACUGGAUUGUCACUGCAGGAGCAGCAUCCCUCCACUUUGGGAACUUUUCUCUGUCCUGAGAGAGUUACUGGGGAGGUUUGAUCCAAGAGGCACAAAAAUUGGAGAAUUUCUACCUCAGUCAGGAGUUAGGCGCAUUCAGAAAGGAUCAGUUGCAGACCUGUUGAAUAAAAGCCAUAUUCAUAACAAAGUCCAGGAUGAAAACUCAUCUCCUCUGCUUGGAGCUACUCCUUUUGGCAGGUCACAUCCUUGUGGCCAGUGGACAACUGGAGCCAAAGAAACAAAUGCCCCAGCAACCUCUUAGCGUCACUCAGAGACUUGGGCUGGUAGAGAGGGACGUGCAGGGUCCAGUGAGGUCCAACAUCACCAUGCCCCGUCGCCGGCUACCUCCCAUGUGCACCGGACCCACAGAAAUCCGCGACACCUUUAAGUACAUUAACACAGUGGUGUCCUGCCUGGUGUUUGUUGUUGGUAUUAUUGGCAAUUCCACUCUUCUGAGGAUCAUCUAUAAGAAUAAGUGCAUGCGCAAUGGGCCAAACAUUCUGAUCGCCAGCCUGGCACUUGGAGACCUGCUGCACAUCAUCAUUGGCAUUCCCAUUAAUGUUUACAAGCUCCUUGCAGAGGACUGGCCAUUUGGGGUGACUCUAUGCAAGCUGGUGCCGUUUGUCCAGAAAGCGUCAGUGGGGAUCACCGUGCUGAGUCUUUGUGCUUUGAGCAUUGACAGGUAUCGUGCCGUGGCCUCGUGGAGCCGUAUCAAAGGGAUUGGAGUUCCAAAGUGGAUGGCUACGGAGAUAGCGCUCAUCUGGAUAUUGUCCAUAAUCUUGGCUGUGCCAGAGGCAAUAGCCUUCGACAUGAUCACCAUGGACUACAAAGGAGAGCACUUGAGGAUCUGUUUGCUGCACCCCAUGCAAAAAACCGACUUUAUGAGGUUUUAUAAAUCAGCUAAGGACUGGUGGCUGUUCAGUGCAUAUUUUUGCCUACCGUUGGCUUGCACUGCUAUUUUCUACACCCUGAUGACCUGUGAGAUGUUGAGGAAGAAGAACGGAGUCCAGAUCGCUCUUAGUGAUCACCUCAAACAGCGGAGGGAGGUGGCUAAGACAGUGUUCUGUCUGGUUCUGGUCUUUGCUCUGUGCUGGCUGCCUCUUCAUCUCAGCCGUAUCCUGAAGCUGACCAUAUACGAUGAGAAAGACCCAAACCGCUGUGAACUGCUCAGUUUCUUUUUGGUGUUGGACUACAUUGGCAUCAACAUGGCAUCUGUCAACUCCUGCAUCAACCCCAUAGCCCUUUACAUGGUCAGCAAGCGCUUCAAGAACUGCUUCAGGUCCUGCCUGUGCUGCUGGUGCCUACCGGCUGAGAUGUUGAUGGAUGAGAAGCAGUCAUGCAUGAAGCUGAAAGUCACCGACCGGGCUUCUGACCAGAGCAACUCCCGCCUGACCAACAAAUCUACAACUGCCUGAGGAGAGACUCAGAGGAGAGAUACAAAAAAAAGAAAAGAAAAGCACCCCCAAAAUAUUUAAGUAUGGCUGACUGACAGUAGAUAAGUGCCCAUUCUUUCCUCAUCUACAACAUCAUACAAAGUCUCCUUCAACUCCUAACAGACCUUCACUUGGAAAGCCCUCAUUCUAAGCAAAAAACUCUUUAACACCUGCCAUUUUGAAGAGUUGCAUAUUCUCCCUGUCCAAGAAGAAAAAAGCAUCAGUGCACUUCAAAACUCUGUAUUCUUGGAUAACAAGUGUGAGAUGUGUGAAGCAGACAAACUGGUGUUAACAACACUAAAUUUUGAGAACUGAGCAAAGUUCAGCACUAGUGUUAUGCCAAAUUGGGGGUUAAGGGUGGACUGGUGAAGACAGCUCAUCAGGCUCGCAGCCUGGAUAGUGAAUGUUACUUUGAUGCUAUGAAUCUUGUGAUAAGUUCUGCAUUGCAUGGACUAUAUUCGAGUGUAAUGCUGUGUUAUGUGUUGCUACCACACACUGCAGCAGCUUGGACAAAAUUAAACAGUGAAUUUAAAGCUCUUGUUUUCAUUUUUGUUUUUUGUUUUUUUGUUUGUUUUUUUUUUUUGUAUGUAUGUAUUUCUUUUAAAAUAUAUGUAUGUAUUGAGCAUUUUGCAUACUUUAUCAUUUGCCACAUUAGUGCCUUCAUGUGUGUUGUCUCUGUGUCAUUUUCCCACUAGUUACUAAACUACUGAUGUUGUGCAUUUUAGGUUGUGUGACCAUUCAGCUAUUGUAUUAUACUGUUCAAUACUGGGCCUGUUCAUGAGGCUUCAUGUGUUUCGUGACUGUAUUUGCUCAAUAUUAUCUUAAGCUGACUUAUACCUCAGCUGUUAUGACAAGAGGUAGAGUUUCUUUUUGCAAUAAAGAAAAUGAGAAAUAUAAUACACAAGAACCUA